AUGCGUGCUUACUAUGGAUUGCUUUUAUUAGCUGGUGUUUAUCGUUCUAAAGGUGAAUGUAUUGAAGAAUUGUGGAAUGAUAAACAUGGCCGCCCAAUUUUCGCUGCAACUAUGGCAAUUAGCCGAUUCAAAGACAUCAACCGUUGUCUACGAUUCGACGAUAAAGAGCAAAGAGAAAACGAAAAAGAUAAACUUGCUCCUAUUCGCUUUAUUUUUGAUAAUUGGGUUCAACGGUUGAAACAGAUGUAUAUUCCGGGAGAUUUUGUUACUGUCGAUGAGCAAUUGCUUCCGUUUCGUGGCCGUGUACCAUUCAAGCAGUACAUCCCAUCAAAACCGGCCAAAUAUGGCAUCAAAUUAUGGGUUGCAACUGACUCUGAGACGGCUAAAUGGAGAAAUGUCACUUGCGAUAAUUUUUUCACAUCGUAUCGUUUGGCAUGUGAAUUGAAAAAACGCCAAAUGACAAUCGUCGGUACGAUUCGCAAAAAUCGAAAAGAAAUUCCACCCAUCUUGGUCAAUAUGAAAAAACAACCAUUGCACCACACCGAGUUCGUUUAUGACCACCAUAUUCGAGCAUGUAUGUUGUCAUAUGUUCCGAAGAAACGUCGAUUUGUUACUUUACUUUCGACGUAUCAUUCGACUAUUCGAAUUGACAUCAACGAUUCCGCCAAUCCUGAGAAGAAACCGGACAUAAUAAAAUUGUACAAUAAAACAAAGGGUGGCGUCGACGUGUUAGACCAGAUG